CCGGUUUUAUUUUCUCACACGACCAACUAUGGCAGGGCCAGGCAACUCAAAAUCCAGCGGCAAGCGCAAGUACCAACACGCAACUGCGCAGCAGCAGCAGGCCCAGGCCACGGCCAACUUUUCGCUGGCCAAGGCGCGCUCAGUCGACGUCACGGGGUUCGUCGAAUCGCGCAGCUUCGAAAUCAACGCCCUGCAGCGCUCGCUCGACAACUCCAGUAACAACGGCAUGGCACGCGCAUUCCAGACCCUGCCGCGCCAUCUGCGCCGCCGCGCCGCCAGCCAUAACGUUAAGCGGAUCCCCAAGCGGCUGCGCGACAAGGCGAUCUCGGAGAUGAAGAAGUCGGCCAUGUCAUCGAAGAAGCUAGAUGGCACUGGAAAGCUGACGAAUGCCAAAAGCGGCAACCGGUACAAGCGCCGCCGCACACGGUCGGUUCGGGAGGAGUACGAGCUGCGGCAGCGCGGGAAGCGGUGGCUGGAGACGCAUGUGUGGCAUGCGAAGCGCAUGCAUAUGGAGGAGCGGUGGGGGACGAUGGUUGCCAGGACGCCAAAUGAGCGCAGCCAUCGUGCCGCAUACCGGGCAGCCAAGGAAAAAGCGUUCGUCGAGGAUGUGUCGUAUUUUGCCAUGCUCCAGGUGGUGGGCCCGCAGGAGCAGAUCGUGAAGGCACUGGAGGCCAUGAUGGCAAAGGGAGUGGCAACUGUGGCAAUGGAGCGGUUUUUGAGCGGUAGCAGGGCAGCCCCUGUUACCUUUUAUCGUGUGGGCAAGGCGCCGCUAGACUGUCUUGGUCCGGCGUUGGCGAUCUGGAAGCCGCAGCAGAGUGGCGACAGCAGCCGGACGCUGUGGAUCAGAGCGCACCCAGCAAUCUCCACCUCUGUUGUCGAAGAGAUCAAUAAGGCGUGCCAAUCGCAGAGCUGUGCUGGUGUAUCGGUAGAGGACAUCACGACCGAUCUGGUAGCGUUCGAACUGCUAGGCGGGCAGUCGACCCCGCUGCUGGCGUCGAUUAUUAACCCGAACAUCUGUGAUCCAGAGGGUACUGGUGGGAGGCUUGUGAACACCAUUGCCAACAAACCAAGCCCGGCAUCGCUGCCCGAAGGUUCUGUAAUUGCACUGCGUAUCCAUGACCCGCGGCUUAAAUUCCCCUACAAGCUGGAGAAAACAGAUGAACGUCCAGCGGAGCACGAGCAGAAGGAGCUGGCCAAUCUGAUGCUUCACUGGCCUAAGGACACCAACCAGUUUUCGCAGGACUCUAACGAUGCAGGGAUUUGGGAUAUUGCGCAGACACGCAGCGAUCUGGAGCGGCGGGUCUCGGAGCACCAGCUCAACGAGCGGCGUCGUGACAUUCUGGUGCCUGGGACCAAGCUCACACCCGACCCCCUAAUCGAUGCUCUGCUCGGGUCGCCCUCGUCUACUCUGGACUCCGAGUAUGUUGACAGUCUGGCGCAUGGCUGGACCGUACUUGCACCGCGCGGCUGGGGCAUGCCUCUCUGGCUGUCGUUUAUUUUCGCGGGCGCGCGUGCCCAAGGCUACCAAGAGCGCCACCACAUUGCAUUCGAGGCUGGGCUACCGAUUUUCCCGCUGCACUGGCCUGGCACGCGCUCCUACGACGACUGGACUGGGCCGAUUGCCCAUGACGACUACCUGCGGUGGUCGCGUCGCCCGAUGGCCAAGCGUGAGAACUACCUGAAGCAUGGCGUGGAGUCACCGUUCUUCCCGCCAUUCCACCAGCUGCUGGGUCUACAAGGCAUACCGGCUCCAUGCCGCAAGGACCGGAUCCGUGCAAUUAAGGAGAAGAAGAGCAAAGCUGCAGAGGGCAGCAGCCAGGAUGCAGAGAUGCAGGUAUCUGUCGACGAACACAAUUCCUCUUUGGACCCGAUCUGGGUGGCUGCAGGCGAGUGGCUCGCGCUGGCUAUUCGUAGAAUGUUGCAAUGGGCCGAGCCGGUACUAGCGCAGCUGGCAGACUCUGAACGCUGUCUGGUGCGCAACGCCCGUGUCUGCGUUAGCGAAGGUGACUCUGAGCAGAUCGGGUAUGUCAUGACAGGGUCGUUUUCGCUGGCCCGUGGAUCGGGUAUGGCCAUCGGUGCAUGCUCCCUGCGUGGUCUUUAUGAUAUGUGGAGGCGUGAGGCACACACUGUUGUUGUGAAGAACAAUAACGGGGGGCCAACACGUAGUGCAUAUUUGAAGGUUCUUCCAUGAUGAGAUAUCGAUUUGACAAUAUAUAACACGCUAGAACGCGC